AGAGAAAACAAUCAGAGGAUUUAAAGAGCAGAGGAUUGCCUGUAAGUGUUGUACUUGGAUUAAUCCACCCAACAGAUGAAUGUGUCACUUGCAUUCUGUAGACUGCUGCUUUACCUGAAACAUGGCUGCUUCUGGCCUACAGGGCACGUUGUCCCUUGCUGCUUUAGAAUUCUGGUGCCGCUGCUAUGACAGUAGGCAGGGCAAGGUGACUGCAGGCAUGUGCACUUGUGCUAGCUUUGUUAGAUGUCAUGUCUGAAGGCUUUCCUUUCUGUGGUGUUUGUACAGGUCUGGUGUAAUGAGGCCCAAAUCUUUCAUGGCCACAUGGCAGCUCUACCUGGUAAAUUGUAACUGAAGUGUAAAUAGAAGAUGUUUAUGCAGUCUGUCGUGAUUUUCAUCUGCAAUUUGCUAAUAUUGAGACUUUCUGUAGGGCUGUGACUGGAGAGGGGAGAAGACUAGUAAAGAAGCAAUUUACUAUGUUAUUUGUGAUAGUAUUUCCAUCAGUAGAAACAAGGAACAUGAGCUACUGAUCCAUCCAUAACCAAAAAUAUGAGGAAAUAUAAUACCCUGAAAAUCCCAUCUCAAAGCCAAAGCACUACAUUUGCAAAUGGGAAUGAAAUAUAUACUUCUCUCCUUUCCAGAACUGACUUAUCUUUUUUUUUCUUCUUUUUUUUCUGCUGUUCAUCAAAAGACACUUCAUUUGGGCAUCAUGCCACAUGUACUGUCUGUCAGCAGUGCUAAAACUGCUAGUCGAGUGAGUCUUCUCAGCAUGUACAGCUGUAACUUAACUCUGUUACACUGUGUGGAAGUAUUUGUGAAGACAUCAGCCAUUCACAACUAGCCUAACACCUGCACUUAUACAUAUCUAGUAACUGGAUACAUGCACAUCAUAAAGAAUCUGAGCAAAACCUUGCCAGUGGCCAAUACAUAUGAAAAGUACUGGGGAUUCUAUCAGAAAUUUGGAGGUGAAAGCUUCCCCAAAGACCAUGUGAAAAAAGCUAUUGCUGAAAUUGAAGAGAUGUGCAAUAUUUUGAAAAAAGAAGGUGUAAUUGUCAAGAGGCCUGAUCCAAUUGACUGGUCUGUGAAGUAUAAAACUCCUGAUUUUGAAUCUACGGGUAUGUAUGCUGCCAUGCCAAGAGACAUCCUGCUGGUGGUAGGAAAUGAAAUCAUUGAAGCGCCUAUGGCUUGGCGUGCUCGUUUCUUUGAGUACAGAGCAUAUAGGCGAAUAAUUAAAGAUUACUUCAACAAUGGUGCUAAAUGGACAACUGCUCCCAAACCCACUAUGGCAGAUGAGCUCUACGAUCAGGAUUAUCCUAUCCGCUCUGUUGAAGACAGACAUAAACUGGCUGCUCAGGGAAAAUUUGUAACUACUGAAUUUGAGCCAUGCUUUGAUGCUGCUGAUUUCAUUAGAGCUGGAAGAGAUAUCUUUGUUCAAAGGAGUCAGGUUACAAAUUACAUGGGCAUUGAAUGGAUGAGGAGACACCUUGCACCUGACUACCGAGUGCAUGUAAUAUCCUUUAAGGAUCCCAACCCUAUGCACAUUGAUGCCACGUUUAAUAUCAUUGGACCUGGUCUUGUGUUGUCCAACCCAGACCGUCCGUGCCACCAGAUUGAGCUCUUCAAGAAAUCAGGCUGGACAGUGAUUCAUCCACCAGUGCCACUCAUCCCAGAUGAUCACCCACUGUGGAUGUCUUCCAAAUGGCUUUCCAUGAAUGUCCUAAUGCUGGAUGAGAAACGUGUGAUGGUCGAUGCCAAUGAGACUUCAAUUCAGAAGAUGUUUGAAAAUUUGGGCAUUUCUACAAUUAAAGUGAAUAUUCGCCAUGCCAACUCACUGGGAGGUGGUUUCCAUUGCUGGACAUGUGAUAUCCGCCGCCGUGGUACCCUGCAAUCUUACUUUGACUAGUCACAAGCCAGCUAGGCAGCAAUGGUUUAGCUUCAAAAAUAAGCAUAGGGAAUGAGCUCAUGCAACCUUGUUAACAAAAUUGAAAUUAAUUUGUUCUAGUGCUUUAUCAGUGGUGUCCUUACAGUGGUCUAGGGAGUGAUUUGUUCUUAAGUGCUCUUCACUUUAAGCAGCAUAAUUGAAACAACUUCCAUCAGCAAUGCAGACUUUCAGGCUGGCUUUUUGAAAGACAUCCUUUACCUGUGAAGCCUUUUCACGUUGGCUUUGAAUGUAAAGACUUGACAAGACAGCUAAAGGCCCUUGCUAGAUGCCCUUGCUUGGUCACUAACACUGGACAUCUACCUCUGUCUACUGCUCUAUGAAAUAGGCAGCUUGAAAUGUUAAGCUUGAAUUAACAUUUCUUAUUCCUUUUUAAUCAGUUUAUUAUUCUAAUAUGUUAGUGUUUAAUGCAGUUAAAACAGGUGCAUCUGUACAGAUUUCUUAUAGAUCUGAGUAAUUUCAAAAUGCUUUUCUUGUUGGACCAUACAGAGAAUCUCUAGUAUGAUCUAACUUUAAAACAUUAUUUUUAUUUACUUGUGAUGUCCUUCUGCGUUUUCUUCUAACGCGUUUGUCAUGCAUCUGAACACAUUUUUAUAUUACCUUUUGUAUUGCUGAAAUAGGUUCUUUUAUUUAACUUUUUAAAGUAUAUAAAUGAUAGCUAGUAGUCUUCAUCUACGGGUUUUACUGUGAAUUGUUUACAUAACUUAAAAACAAACAAACAAACAAAAAAAACUCACAAAAAAACUGAAAGUAAAAAGAAAACAGACAAAAAAACAUAACAUGUCUCCCACCUCAAACCUCCAACACUCUAACAACCUCCCUCAACAGUAGCAGGUACAGAAAUUUGAGUCUUGAUUACUGAAUAUGUACUUUUUAUGCUAAUAAACGUUUUUGCCUUC